UGCAUCUCACUCUUGGAUGAACUGCUCAGACAGCAUGAGCGCUCAUCAUCUGACCUCAGUCUGCUCGGAAAAUGGAAUAUGACAGUUUACAGAAACAAAUGGCAUUUGAUGAAGAUGUGGUGCUCAUGGAUGAGGAUUACUGAAGUGCUUAGAAGCUGGAUGUUUUGCGUAUUGUUUGCUCCUGUUCUGCUGUUGCUGAUGACCUGUGCAGACUCCAGACUUGACUAGAGAAAGCUGGAACAAGCUUUUUCGAAGAGGCGCUGCAGUGUCUAGUGUGGAGGAAUCCCAUCUGACCGUCUCCAUGCAGAUGACCAGUGAUGGCCACAACAUCAGACCCAACAGAAGAUUCAGUUGAUGAAGUGGUGACCGAGCACAUUUUUAACCCCCUGGAGAGGAUUGUUCUGACCUUCUUCCUGGCCACCAUUAUCAUUAUGACCGUCCUUGGUAACCUGCUGGUGAUGGUGGCUCUCUGCAAAGACAGACAGCUGAGGAAGAAGAAGACCAACUACUUCAUCGUUUCACUGGCAUUCGCAGACCUUUUAGUUGCUCUUUUAGUGAUGCCAUUUGCGGCCAUAGAGCUCACCACAGGCCACUGGAGUUAUGGAGAGACGUUCUGUUUGGUCCGCACCUCACUGGAUGUUCUGCUGACCACUGCAUCUAUACUGCACCUGUGCUGCAUUGCCCUGGACAGGUACUAUGCAAUUUGCUGCCAGCCACUGGUCUACAGGAACAAGAUGACACCCAUCAGAGUGUCUCUGAUGCUGGGGGGAUGCUGGGUUAUCCCCUCAUUCAUCUCCUUCCUUCCCAUCAUGCAGAACUGGAAUGCCAUUGGCAUUGAGGAUAUUAUUGAGGAGAGGAAAUUCAGCCACGGCACAAACAAGACCUCCUGCGUUUUCUUGGUGAACCGGCCCUAUGCUCUCAUCUGCUCAGCAGUGGCCUUCUACGUGCCCUUAGGGCUAAUGAUUCUUGCCUAUCAGCGCAUUUACGUGACUGCCAUGGAACAUGCACGUCAGAUUGGGACGCUGCAGCGUGCUGGAUCCGCUCCUGUGUCCUACUACAGCCAUGACCACCAGGGCUCCAGCCGCAUGAAGAUCGAGACCAAGGCCGCCAAAACGCUGGCGGUCAUCAUGGGCUGCUUCUGCCUAUGCUGGGCUCCGUUCUUCAUCACCAACAUAGUGGACCCCUUCAUCCAGUACAGCGUACCCUGGCAAAUGUGGACGACGUGGCUGUGGCUGGGCUAUAUUAACUCUGGCUUGAACCCAUUCCUCUAUGCCUUUCUGAACAGGGCUUUUCGCAGAGCCUUCCUCAUGAUCCUGUGUUGUGGGGAUGAGCGCUAUGCCCGGCAGGGAAGCUUUAGUCCCAGCAGACCUUACUCAGCGUCUGUCAAUGGCACCUCCAUCGCGCUCAGGAGCACUUGUAUUGAGGUUCCCUCACCAGCUCUGCAGGAGCUCCUGAGACACAGAUUCAAUGGACAGGCCCAUCAACCUAGAUUAUCAUUUCUUCCUAACCGAAGCUACAGUGACAAUGGCAAACGAAUCCUGCCUAGUGAACAGGGAUCGCAGGAUUCUGCUGGUGUUUUAUAGCAAAGAGAAGACAGACCUACAGAUGGCAACAAGCUGUUACAAUGAACAAGCAUCAACCCGUGGGUGGAAGACACGUCUUCAAAUGAGACACAAAUGAAUGCUCUAAUGGCCGUGGAUUUUACCUAUCGCAGGCACGAACCUUGUGAAGAAGCCUCGCUGAGAUCAUGUAUAGACACAAAAGGUUAAAGCAGGUACAAUAGAAUGUAGAAAAUAAUUAGCCUUCAGGAAUGCGAGUGAAGCUCAAUACACAGAGGAACAAAACCGAGUGCCAGAGGACAAUGGAGUGGAUGCUUCAAAGAAAAAAAGCUUUUUUUUGACCUCUUGACCUUCUUGACCAAACAUAUUUUCAAGAGGUCAUGAGGUGCUCUCGCCACUCCAUUUUUCAUUUGUGUAACUGGCAUUUCAUCCAGUUCAGCACAGUGCAUCUGCCCAAGACUGUAAACUUUGUAAAUGCUGACAAGUGUGUAUCUCACCUGUUUCCUACUUCCUAUUGCAAUGUCAUGGCGAGCCAUGUGGCUCGCUGUAAGACCAGCACAGGCCGACAGUAUGUGCAAGUAAUAAAAAUAUAACUUAGAGCUGCUUAAGUCAUUAAAUUUUUUUAGUUUUACUUCCAUUGUUAAUGGUAUAACUUUCAGUUGAAGAUCAGUCUGGGGUAGAUGUACUUUGUUCAUGACAUUAUUUUCCUGCUUUAUUUAUUUUACAAUGUGUAGAUUCGGCUUCUAAAAUGAGGAGCAAUGACACCUGUCACUAUGUGACAUUUCUUAUUAUACAUUCUUGUAUUCUCUUUGAUCUAUGUGUUGAAAUACUGUUUAAUGUUAUCUGUGGGACAGAUCUGG